AUUGUACAACAAUUGAUUUGCAUAAAUGCUUCGAUAUAUGUGAUACGUAUUGCAUCAUUCAUGACCUACUCCCCGGCAGCAAAGAACCCCACUCAUUUGUACAAAGAGGAGUUCUCCUUCUUUUUGUUCUGUCUUUUUGAUUUAGGAUAUAAUUCUUGUCCAACUAGACGCAGAGUGAUCUGAGCGUUUAGAAUUAAAGCUUGAACAUCUUGUGUGCCGUACACGUAUAAAUGCAUACAUCCUCCUCAUGACCAUAUGCCAUCAUUUGACAGACACACACAAUGCAAACGCUAAUAUCACCACAAGCAUUGCCUGAAUCACAAGCAACAUCUCUUUCUCCUCUUUUCACACGAUUGUUGGAACUACGAACAAAGAAACAAUUAGAACGAUUAGCGAUAGAAUGUCAAGAAGCAAUCGUCUCUUUACCCGAAUCUGAUCGACCGGAUUCGUAUGAAGGUUUGUUGGACGUUGCAAGAUUCUGUAUAGAUGAAGAGCCAGGAUGGCCAGAUGAGGAUAAAGUAAUCCUGUUGGGAGGACAUCCAAGGAUUGGUGCAAAAACGGGCACAAUGAGCAGUGAAAGUGAAAAAGAACAAAAAGCAAAUACGUCAGAUACAGAGGCUGAUGCGAAAUUGGCACGAUUGAAUUUCAUAUACGAAAGACGCUUUCCCUCUCUGCGAUAUGUCACUUACGUUGCCGGAAGACCCAGAAGUGCAAUCGCAAAAGAAUUGGAGGAUAUGCUUGGUGAAUCGCUGUCCAAAUUGGAGCCCCCGAGCAGCGUUGAUCCUGAAUCACCUAGUUCUGAAGCACAAGAAUGGGCAGAGAAGAAUGUCGAACCACUAAAACCAACAGACGAAGAGUGGCAGAGUGAGUUAAACAGAGGCUUGGAUGCUUUGUUUGAGAUUGCUGCAGAUCGUGCAAACAAGAUUACCGAAGAAGAGUAUACCGCACCGCCAAGAACGACACCUUUCAUCGAUGAAGACGAAGCUUUUGACGAACCUUUUCUUACGUUGGAAAAGUUUAAAGCUUUGGUGCAUUCUUCACCUUUGCUGGAGACAUUCUUCGAUACAGAUCUUCCAUCCUCUUUCUACCUCGUUCCACCUCCACCGCCCCAAGAGAGCGCAAGGGAUGCAUUGGCAACACUGGCUGCCGUUGCAGUGACUGGUGGUGGAGGUGGUGAUGCAACGAGGAAGCGUGUCAAAGGUCUUCUUGGAGGAUUGUGGGGCGAGGUGACAGAUAGAGCAGGAAAGGUGACCGGACGAGAAACAAGAUCAGGACCAAGACCUGCUUUCGGACGAGAAGAAAUAUUACGUGGUGAAGAAAUGCGAGCGAAAGGAGCUCAACCCUCUACGCCCGCACCUUCAGCACCUUCUGCCGAUUUAACAGAUGCAGAAGAAAGUUUAAAGAUGGCAACGCAAAGAUUGACAGAUAUGGAACGUAGUCAUUUCGUCAUUGAUGAACCCACCGCGGCCGGUGAAGGCGAUGCCGAGGAUGAUGAUGAAUUUGAUGAUGCUGCAGAAGGAGAGGAAGAGGAAUUAGGUUUGGGUAUGGAACGAUUGGACGUUGCAGAAGGAGCAGAGGAAGCCAAAGACAAGGAUAAAGAGAUUGCCAAAGGUGUGUAUCGCAUAAAAUCAUGUUUGCUAUGAUUGUCUACUGACUUUAUCUCUCUUCCCUAUCUAAUAGACUUACGUACAGCUACAGCGCAAUAGAAAAAGCAUAUCCAAGAUUGUCUA